AUGGAGGUUUGGCGAAAGUUAACGCCUUUGGCGCAGGCUUAUCGUAGAUCUCGUAGGUCUACCUCCAAACGCAUUCCCUUUCAAUCCCGUGGGUUUGCAUUGUCAUUUAUCCAUCGGCAGGUCGACCAAAAAAUCUCACGAGAAUGGACUCAGACGGGUCCAACCACCUAUGAGCGAGCAAUUGAUCAUUUGGAAACCUAUUACCUCUUUAUGGCAGAUCGUGGUUCUGGACAGCCUAGGCAGAACUGGUAUACAACAGCGGCAAUAAAGAUUAAGACGGAGCGUGAAGACUUCUCAAAAGAUAUAAAAAAUGUUUGGACGGCUUUACGCUACGAACACCCCAAUUAUUCAGCUUUCGUUCAAAACGACCGUUGGAUCUAUAAUGUUGCCGAUGAGCAAGAACUCGGCUCAUGGCUGCAGGAAACAUUCCAUAUUCAUGAUGUUGAAGAAAGUGCCCGUCAACUUUAUCCUUUUAAGACAAACCCCAGCCAGCGAGCCGUUCUACAUGUCCUCCCUCGGACACAGGAGAUUGUUCUUCAAGCGCCACACACACACGUCGAUGGCAUAGGCAUGGUGACAUUCUUUAACCAGAUGAUGCAACUCCUUGUCGCACCUCCUGCCCGACCCAAUUUCGGAAAGGAGGGUUCUCAUCUCGUACCCCCUAUCAGCAAAACUGCUGAGAUCCCUGAAUACACCAUCUCACAAAAGGUAGCAUGGGACGCCGCCCUUGUCAAAUUUCGCUCACAGUUCCCAACCGUUAGUUUACGUCCGGAUAAUGCAGGUGCACUACCGGCAAAAUAUACCAAACUCCAAUGGCUUACCUUCACCGCUGAGGAGACCGCACGCAUCGCAGCGAAAUCAAAGGAACUGGGCUUCUCCGUUACCGCAGCUGCACAAGCUGCUCUGUCGCAUGCAACACGUGUCCACAGCCAGGUCCGUAAUAAGACACACUCUACGCUAGCAAUCUUCGAUGCGCGCGAACAUAUCAACCCCAACCUGCAUCCUCCUCAUAAGCUUGUUGGCCCUCACGUCUUCGCCAUGCCGGUGGUGAUUCCCGUUACCUCCUUUGUCGAAACGGCAAGACAGACUAAGAAGGUAUUCAUCGAUUGCAAAAAGGAUGACUUGGUGCGAGCCGUAAGCCCUCUCUUUUCCUCGGAUCUAAUCGCAACGCUCUCAGCUCCACGACCACCUCAAAUGCGAAUCUCCGGUCAGCUACAGCUAACCAGCUUGGGCAUUCUUGACAAACAUCUAAACACCGUCUAUCGAUCCUCCGAGCAGAAAUCAGGGGGACGAACACAGCUAGAAGUUCAAGACCUAUGGCUAGCCCCUGAUAUGCUAACUCCUGACAUCACGGCCGAUGUAUGGACCUUCAGAGGUCAACUCCAUAUUCAGUUAGCUUACAAUGGGGCCUUCUAUCAUGAUGAGAGCGUGGCCUUUUUGUUACGAUUGAUUCAGAAGCAGUUUGCCCAAGGUUUAUCUUUGGAUCUUGAAACCGAUAUCAAGGUACCGGGGGAUGAGUCUUUUUUGAAGACCCAGAAAGAGGUGGCUAGCCUAGCAGGUCACGCCUGA